CUCUGUCUCUAAAAUUCUGGUUGUAGAUAUUGAGGAAUUGACUUAAUUUCUAGAAACAGAAGACUGAUAUGAUAUGUAUGAUAAAAUCAUAAGAAUAUAUAUAAAUCUUCUGAUGAAGUUCUUGUCUUAGCUUGUUCAGCAAGGUUUCUUGCAUGGAUUUCUUCUCAUUAAUCUGAUCAAAUCCAGAACUGUGACUAUACGUUUGAUUGGUGAGCUCCACCCUGGGUGAAAAUGGCUGGAAAUUACAGGUUUGAAAUGGAUCAGGAAGACAUAGUUAGGUCCUUGAUCACUUCUGUAGAUAGUUUCAUUCAAGAUAGGCUAAUUGACAAGGAACAAAGAACAUCGCAUAAAGAACAAUGUGCUGAGAGGUUAGCAGCUGAAGAUGAAAGCUCCGAUAAAGAUACAGAAGUUCGAUACUCUGAUCAAGCAGUUUUAGCCAAUUUGGACUGGGGAAUGGAUGCCCUUGAAGAGGCAAUUGACACUUCAAACAUUGAAACUAAGAUGGCUAGACUAGAUUACGCGGAAAAAAUGCUUCAAGUGUGUGCUAUGUUGGAUUCUAGCCAAAAAACUGCAGGGGUGCCUAAUUUUUAUCUCUCUGCUUGGGCUCAUUUAAACCUUUCUUACUUAUGGAAGUUGAGAAAUAAUGUUCACAACGCCGUACUUCAUAUUCUGGAGAUGUUUAUCGUUGACCCUUUCUUCUCGCGGAUUGACUUUGCACCUGAGCUUUGGAAAUGUCUAUUUCUUACACACAUGAGCUCGAUCGUUGGGUGGUACUCAGAGGAGAGACAUCGGAUAGUGAUGGAUGUUAUUCCUGAUUCUAGUGACUUGUCUUUCACUAUGGAUUUUGAUCAUGACUUCAAUGAAUCUUUGAUAUUUUCUGUAAGGCCUGAUCAAGCCAAGAAAAUGCAGAAACUUGAGCAGCUUUAUGGACAGUCAUUGGAUGAGAAUACAAGGCUUUAUGCAAAAUACUAUAAGGACUGCAUGAACUAUGAUUCCGCAACUUCAAAGAAGGCAAUUCCUCUGUUGCCAAUCGCAGAGCCACCGAUGACUCCACUGCAUGAGGUAUGCCGGUCAAUUCCUGAUUAUGUCAAAUUUGGCCCAAUCUUGCCUAAGAGCGCCGGGUUUAGUCCUAUUCUGAGAGUGAAGGAGAAUGCAGAAGGAGACAGAAUGAAUAUGAAUCCUUCUUCGUCGACCCAUAAUCAGGAGGACUCCACGGCUUGGGAUCCACUAAAAGGAAUUCCUGAGGAGGAUGAAGAAGAUUAUGACCCUGAGCCUUAUGUACACAUUGCAUCAAAUAAAAGGAAUCAAGAAAACAAUUCAUCCAAAGUCAAGCAUAUUGAUACAAACCAAAGGCAAUCUCCCAAGGCCUUCCCUUCCAUGGACUCCCCUAAAGUGGAUUCCCCUAAAACUCCUUCACAAGAGCCUUCACCAAAAAGAUCAGAUACCCCCUCGAAGAAAAGUGGACCGGUGUUACGCCUCUUGUCUGGGCGUGUUAAGGACUCCUCAAGUUCUACUUCUUUGCAUUUGUCCCAAGAGUUAAAAAAUAGCUCAGCAGACUCAGAUGAAGAAAGGACAGUGCAACAUGAGACUGUGGGGAGAAGAAUUGCUCGAAGGCGGAGCCUUAGUCAAUCCUUAGAAAAAGGCUCUCCGAGUGACAGUGAUGAAGGAAGUCACAGCUGCAUUUCUCUUCCAUUGUCGGAUAAGUCGACUAAUCCAUCAAGGCCACCAAAAGAUUUUGUCUGUCCAAUAACUGGACAGAUAUUCAAUGAUCCUGUCACCCUUGAAACCGGUCAAACAUAUGAAGGGAAAGCCAUCCAGGAAUGGAUGAAUAGAGGUAAUACAACGUGUCCCAUUACAAGGCAGUCUUUAUCUGCAGCUACUCUUCCUAAAACCAACUAUGUCCUGAAGAGACUGAUAACCUCUUGGAGGGAACAACACCCUGACCUAGCUCAGGAGUUUUCAUACUCAGCAACACCACAAAGUUAUUUAAGCAUUCCGUCUUCAAGAGAAAGGUCAUCUGAAUCUACUCCAUCUCCGACAUUUAAUCAUCCUAAUCAUAGUCGUAUAGAGGAAAUCGUCGAACAAAGAUCACGAAGAUUUAUGCGAGCAGCAGCUGUAUCAAUGUCACCUACAAGUGUAAUUUCUCAAGCAGCAACCGAAGCAAUUAUCAAUGGCUUAAAACCUUAUGUUUCAUGUCUGUGCACUUCAGAGGACUUACAAGAAUGUGAACAAGCCAUAUCCACUAUAGCAAAGAUAUGGAAUGACUCGAAACUUGAUCGAUCUCAAGGAGUUCACUCCUAUUUAUCCACACCAACAAUAGUGAACGGAUUUGUAGAGGUAUUAUCAGCUUCCUCAAAGAGGGAAGUUUUAAGGACAACAAUUUAUAUUUUGUCCGAGCUACUCUAUGCAGAGGAUAGCGUUGGCGAGAUUCUCACAAGUGUGGACUCUGAUUUUGAGUGCUUAGCAACUUUAUUGAAAGAUGGUCUUGCUGAAGUAGCAGUUCUUAUUUACCUACUCAGACCAUCGUUCUCUCAACUUUCAGCUCAUAAUUUCGUACCCUCUCUUACUCAGAUUAUAAUCUCAAACAGAAAUGAGGAUUCUAGUGAUUUUCAGUUCACAAUAGGACCAAAGGAAGCUUCUGUUGUGUUGCUCGAACAAAUUAUUACUGGAGGAGGUGAGAGUGACAGAUCAUUCAAUGCUAUGCAGAUUCUAUCAGAAAAUGGUAUACCUGCCUUGCUGAAGUGCCUAGAAAAUGAAAAUGGAAGAGAGUCCAUCGUAUGCAUACUUUUAUGCUGUAUUCGGGCUGAUAAGAGUUGCAGAAAUACAAUAGCUAGUAGAAUUGAGUUAUCUCCUGUUCUUGAGUUAAUUCACACAGGAAGCGAUAGCGUGAAAGCCACAUGCGUAGAACUUCUUUAUGAGUUAGUUUUGUUAAGCAGGAGAAUAUUGUGCAACCAGAUUCUGCAGAUAAUUAAGGAUGAGGGAGCAUUUAGUACAAUGCACACUCUUCUUGUCUGUCUACAGAUGGCUUCAAUGGAGCAGAAAUCCACCAUUGCUCCUCUUCUUUUGCAGCUUGACCUUCUGGUUGAGCCUAGGAAAAUGAGCAUAUACCGGGAAGAAUCAAUAGAGGCAUUGAUUGAAGCACUUCACAAAAAGGACUUUCCUGCGUCUCAGCUCAGGGCUCUUGAUGCCUUGUUAUCUCUUUCCGGGCAUAUGACUAACUCUGGUAAGUCAUUUCUUGAAGCCCGCCUACUCAGGAUUGCAGGAUUUAAUCAGCGGUAUAAUGCUACGAUGAAAGAAGAGAGGCAAAGAGCAGGUGAAAAUGACAUCACAAAUACAAUGGAAGAGGAAGAAAAAGCGCUGAGUUCUUGGGAAAAUAGAAUGGCUUUUGUUCUUUGCAACCAUGAGAAAGGAUUAAUAUUCAAAGCUUUAGACGAAUGCCUUAAGAGCACCUCCAUGGAGAUAGCAAGAUCUUCCUUUAUCAUAGCAACAUGGCUAAUUCAUAUGCUCUAUAACUUCCCCGAUACUGGAAUUAGAGAUGUUGCUCGUAAGUCCUUGCUCGAGCAAUUUAUACAAAUGCUGCAGUCAACAAAGAAUCUCGAGGAGAAGAUCUUGGCAGCUCUUGCUUUGAGAGGCUUUAUUACUGAUUUAGGUGCACUUAGCGAACUGGGAAUAUAUGCCAAAUGUUUGUGCAAAAACUUGAGGAAACUUAAAAAGUACUCUACAGCAGUCAGUGAUAUAAUGAAAACCUUGAUGAACUUGCCAUGUAUUGAUGCUGCAGAAUUAUGGUGCUAUUCUGAAUGUCCUGAGAUAGAUGUUUCGAUGAAUGGAGAAGCUCUUUGUCUGAUCCACAUAAGAAGUCGGCUCAUUAGCAGUCAUUCCGAUGGAACCAUUAAGGUCUGGGAAACUGGAAAAAGAGUUCCUCGGUUAAUUCAUGAAACUCGUGAGCACACAAAGGCAGUUACAUGCCUUUAUGUUUCAUCUUCAUGUGAUAAACUGUAUAGUGGUUCAUUGGACAGAACAAUCCGGGUUUGGGCUAUAAAUCAAGAGGAAAUCCACUGUCUUCAGGUUCAUGAUGUUAAAGAGCCGGUGCUUGAGUUGAUAGCUAACACUCAUUUUGCAUGCUUCGCAUCUCAAGCAACAGGAGUUAAGGUUUAUAAUUGGUCAGGGGUUCCCAAGCAUGUAAACUUCCAAAAAUAUGUUAAGUGCCUUGCCAUUAUGGGCGAUAAGCUUUAUUGUGGAUGCACAGGCUAUAGUAUCCAGGAAGUUGAUUUAAGAUCUCAAAAGUCAACAACAUUUUAUGCUGGUGCCAAGAAAUUGUUGGGAAAACAGAAUAUUUAUUCCCUUCAAGUUCAAAAGAAUGUUGUUUUCGCUGGUGGUUCCUUAGUUGAUGGAAUAUCCGGAAAGGUAUUUUCACUCCCUGGCAAGGCAGUCAUUGGAUCACUGUCAACCGGUUCAGACAUCCAACGACUUGCAAUAAACAGUGACUUCAUAUUUUCUGCCACAAAAUCUGGGAUCGUAGACGUAUGGCUGCAAGAAAGAGUUACAAAGAUGACUUCCAUUAAGAUGAAAAGUGGUGGACAGACUAGAAUUACAUCUUUAGCUGUGGAUAAAGAUGGCGAAAUGAUAUUUGCUGGUUCUACUGAUGGAAAAAUUCAGGUUUGGCGUUUGGAUUAAAAGAAAGGAAAAUUGCUCUGGUGCCAGAUCUACUCGGAACUGGAAAUGUAACAAUUUAGUGUAAUUUUUGAAUACCUUAUCGUACAUUCUCAAUAUUCUGUAUGAUAUUUCCUGUACUACUAAAAUGUAACAAGCAAUGUAA